UGCAGGAUGUGUUCCCAUCGACAGUACUUGGGCAAAAGAUGCUUUGGGCUGCGAAGUGUCAUUACGCCGAUUGAACAUCUGGGGUGAUGAUGCAGGCGUGUUGACACUCGUGGGUCCUGGCUUUAAUGUGGUUCGUGACAUGACCUUCCCAGCAGAGGGCCGCAAUGGCGGUGACAUCAAAUAUGAUGGUGUUCGAAAUGGCUACGGUUCACUCGUGCUCUCGGGGCAGGACUAUGAGCUGACAGGACUUUUCAAUGGUCCCGACAGGUCAUGGAUUGUGGAGUUCUCCGACCCAGUUCUGGAUGAUUAUUUUGGCACUGAUUGGGUGAAUCUGAGGGUCGGUGGGGAGACCUGCCAACUCAGACAAAGCGAUGAUCGUUCCUUCAUUUGUGCCAUGGGCGAAUUUGGAGGCCUGUGCAACUCUCGCACCUUGUCCAGCCAUAAUAUCAUUGCUGCUGGUCACGUCAGAUGUGCUGAUGGCUCGCCCAACCCCACGCCCAGCCCACCCAGUCCGUCCUCUACACACACAAGCUCCACAGUGUCCCAAACAACGUCCACUACAAGUUCCUCAGCUUCGACAAGUCGACAAGCCCCAGUGCUUUUUCCACCUAUCAGUGGAGGCUCAGCAAACUGGGCUUUGCAUCGUGAAUUGAACUGUUGGGACGGUCAUGGAGCUCGUUCGUUGCCAAACUCGAACCCACUUCUUGGCACUUACACCGUUGAAGGGUGUCGAGAGCAGUGCGAAAUGAAUCUGGAGUGUGAAGCAGCUGUGAUUGCCAAGCACGUGAGCACACCAAAGUUUCCCUGCUUCCUUCGAACGAUCCUUCAGAUCUCUCAGUGCCGGGACUAUGCAGAUUUCGACGUGUGGGAAAUCCGAAGGACAACAGUGACCGCAAGCACCACAUCCAGAAGUACUGUCGUUACGUCCGCAACCUCAACCACAACCUCAAUCACAAGCUCCGCAAGUUCCACAAGCUCCAGCUCUUCAGGAGACUUUGUUCCCGUUGAUGGAGGCAUUGACAGGGCAUGCCGUGGAGCUUCAUCCGGUGACAACAGUCCCAGUUACUAUGUCAUACAGAAUGGCAUUUCAGGUCUGGAGGGUUGCAAGGCAAUAUGCAUCAUUGAUGCUUUGUGCCAAGGCAUCGAAUACAGCACCGGAAGAUGCGAGCUGUGGGUCAGACCUGGUGGCAUCGAAGCAACGGCUGCUGUUUCUGGCUUCAUCUGCUUGCGGUACACGGGUGCACCAACGACCACUCCUUCCCCAUGGUCGUUCUUUCCUGUGGAUGGCGGUGUGAAUCGGGCUUGUCGAGGGCGCUCAGUAAAUGACAACCUUGCCAGUUACUACCAUGUUGCAGCUUCACGUGGAAUGAGUUUGACCCAAUGUCAAGCAGCAUGUGCGGAGCUUGCUGGAUGCCAAGGCAUUGAGCACAACCAGGGUGGUCGCUGCGAGCUUUGGACCAAGAGCAUUCAAGCAACCAGGUCUUUGACCGGCUACACAUGCUUGCGCUUUGAUGCUUGGCGCCUCUAUCAGGGUAGUAAUUGCUAUGAAGGCCAUGGUGGAAGCCUGUUGCAUUACAUCACAGAGAAGAUCUCCGUUGAUGGCUGUAAAGCAGAGUGCUUGAAGAAGGAUCAUUGUGAGGGCAUCUCAGUGAGAUCUGGUUGGGAAGAGAGCCCAUGCUGGCUCUACACGCAAAUCAACCUCAACAGUUGCGUGCUAGAUUAUCCUGACUAUGACUUCUGGCAUCGCUUGCAGUAAAUAUGACUCAUUGCAUUGAAUUGGCCUCGUGCCAAGACUCAACACCUUGUACGUUUAGAUCAAGUGCUUGUCUCGUUUUGGCUCCAAGCCUCAACAAUGUCAAGUGUACAGUGGGCGUGGCUGGGGUCUCAUGGGACAAGUACGAACCAAUCCACCUCAGAUCUUUUGAGCAUCAUGUGGCAAAUCGAUGCUACCAUGUACAGGCUUUUGAGGCUAGACCUCAAUGAGGCCAAAAAGGAUGAGUUCCGGAUAAAACAUCGCUGUGUACCGAAAAAUGGCUUGGCUUUGUAACACCAAGACGGUUCUUGAUAUUGCAGCUUUUAGGUGAA